AAUCGCAUGAUUAAUGGCUACUACCGAAAUACAAGCGAAACUCAGCGAGUCUACUAAAAAACAUGACGAAAUUAGGGACUGCAAACUUAUGGAAAGCGAUUCGACAACGAACGAAUCGAACGUAGUUACGGAAUUUUGUAAUCUUCUCGAAGAAUCAAGACAGUUGUUUCAGAGUUUAAGGGAUAUUCCACAAUUUGGACACAAAAAUUGGCAAGCACAGUUCGGAAAGACUUUCGCCACUUACUCCAAGCUUUGGAAGUUCCAGCAAGAAAAUCGAUCGGUUUUGGAUAAAAGAUACAACUUGAAAAGAUGGCAAAUUGGUGAAAUUGCAUCGAAAAUAGGACAACUAUAUUAUCACUACUAUUUGCGAACAAGUGAAUCAAGCUAUUUGCAAGAAGCAUUCUCGUUCUACAUGGCCAUAAGAUCUCGUGCUUAUUACACUAACGCAAGUAAAUUUGGAACGUCGGAUUUGAUGGUGAAAAAACUGCGUUAUUACGCAAGAUUCGUAGUCGUUUCCCUCCUUUUAAACAAGAUGAAUUUUGUCAAGGAAUUAGUAGAGGAGUUAAAGCAAUAUAUAGACGAGUAUACCACGAUCUACGAUCCAACGGACGAAGAGGAUUGGAGACUGGUAGUGAGUGAAGUGACGUCAUUCAUUGAUUCAGCAUCUAUCGUGACUGUAAUGAAUGGAGAUAUGACAGCACGAACUUUAUGUCAUCGUUUACAUUCUGAGGAAAAUCAAACGUAUUGCUUUAAUGAGUGGCGCUUACAUGCAUUACAAGAAAUCAUCAUUGUUAGUAAUAAAGAAAAACAAAUAAAAUUUAACGAAUUGACCCUCGAUAUGUUUCGCAUGUUGCAAGUACUGGAACGAGAACCGGAAGAAAUCCAAGGAUCAUCGUUGGAAAACUCCUCGGAUUUUAAUAAACGGAUGAAAAGUGAGCCAGCAGCUUCGAAGAGAGCAAAUCCUCACAAAUAUUUGUUUUACAAACCAACAUUUACUCAACUGUAUACAUUUUUAGCCUCAGGAUUUAAGGAGUUACCUCAUAAUGCAGUCAUGUUGAUCUACAUAUCUGCAGACGGUUGUCGACCAGAGAAGAUGAAAAAAGAUGAUGGUCCGUAUAGGGAUGGUGGUGUUAAAAUGUCGACACACAAACCAGCACAUGAUGAUACUGUAUUAAACAAGAAAAACAAUUUAAACGAGAUCAAUGCUGUGUAUCCAGACGAUUUGAUGCCGUUUACAAGAAAAGCAAUGCUACUGAUUGUUGAUAGUGAAACGAGCACGUCAUUUAAGAGAUUAUCGAGUAUGUUUGGUCAGCCAUUUGUAACCCUUAUGUCACCAUGCAAAAUACCUGUAACAUUAAACGAUACAAGUCGUAAUGGCAAUCUUUUCACACUGUUUUUACACAACCCGAUGGUUGCGUUCUUGUAUGUGUGUAAUAUCAACAUUGUUCAAGGCGACUUAUGGGAUCAAUGUUGUCUUAAAUUCAAAGUAUUUGAAGGAGAGUGGAUGAAACUGUUCAAAAAACUAUCUAAAGCUAUUGAUAUCUCUUUCAAUCAACUUAUUGAAGAUGAAUUUUUAUCUCUGAUGAUUAGGAGAUUUGCUUUUUCAUACUAUGUUAUGAGACAGCACAAAGCUUUUAAAGGAGAGGAAUAUUAUCCUAGUUGUUCGCCAUAUUUGCCCUCCACACUAAUGGAAAACGAUGAACUGCGGUUGCGUAUCUUAACGUUGGCAUCUUUGGUGGAUGUUCGAGCAAUCUUUUAUGAGUUAGACGAUGUUUCUACGACGAAUAGUUGAAAAUAUAUUUAUCGUCAAUUCGCAUAAGAUUUUUCUUCUGGAAGAAAUUUUUUGCGUUGUCAAACUUUCAUUUAUUUGGAUGGAUACAGUGAUGCGCAUACGUUAAUUCAAAAUUUGACUGAAUUUAUUUAAGAGUACUUUAGAGCAAUGUAUGAAGAAUAAAAACCACAACACGUACGA